AAAUUCGAAUGGAGAUAUUGUGUGGAUUGGUUCCCGUUUGCAAAAAUAUUAAAUUUGAUGUUAGAAGCACAAACAAAUAAUGAUCGGACAAUACUGGAUUACAUAAAUGAAGAUUGCUGGCGCACUGUACUGCAAUAUGUACCUGUUCGGGACAUCAUUCGGACGGAGAGCACCAGCCGGCAAUGGCAGGGAAUGGUUCUGCGGUACUUACAAGGAAUUCAUAUAAGUAUAUUAGAUGACCAUGAUCAAUCCAAGAAGACUAGUCCAAAUGCUCGUGUUUUGAAACUUCCUCACUCUAUGUAUGAACUUGACUUCAAGUCAUUUGAUAUGUGGAUCAACAAACUUGGCCCAUCAGUUGUGGCCACUUACUGCCACAAUUUGGAAACUUUAAUAAGAAUUAGAGAAAACUGUCCUAAUUUAGAAAGUCUGACGCUUGAAAGCUUGCAUAACCGUUGUAGCUGCUGUGGUUUAUUAGAACGGUUCCCAUACAAUCUGAACAUGGACUUCAAGUGCUUGCAAGGGCUGUACUUCUAUUCAUGUAAUGUAUCGGACCACUGUAUUUCCCAUUUUAUAGCGGACAAAGCCUUAGAAGAAUUAGAAUUGCGCAAUUGUCAGAUAGUGAAAGGGGAUUUUUUCAAUACUAUAGACUUGUCAAGCGUAAAAUCCCUUGCCUUGGAAGACUGUGAUGAUAUGGAUUCCGAGCACUUGUUCUCUGCUGUCGAGCGCCUUGAUGGGCUGAAGAAGUUGGUCCUUACCAAUAUGUCUGCCGAUAUAUGCAAAGGAAUACAAGCGGUUCUGGAUAAGAUGCCCAAAUUGGAAUAUCUAGAAAUACGUGACGAAAAGGACACGAUGCCUUGCUAUGAUUAUAAGCCUCUAUCACGAUUGACUUGUUUGAAGUACCUCCGGGUUCAGUAUCAACUGCCUGAUGAGGCCGCGGGAGCUAUACUGCAGGACUGCAAGGAUUUGAGAACCUUGGAGUUUUGGAACUGUGACGAUAUGAGCGGGCGCUUCGUAACGGAGGCGCUGUGUCGCUGGGGCACGCGGCUCCGCUCGCUGUCGCUGAUGGCGAUGGCCUUUGAGGACGACGAUUUGGUGGCCAUCAUCAGCGGCUGCCCCGAGCUCACGCGGCUGCUAGUGACGGGGUGCCGGUUGUCGCCGGGGCUGGCGGCGCGCGCGGCGGCGGCGCGGCGCGCGGCGCGGCGCGGGGUGCCGCUGCGGCUCGACCUCCAGGGCACGGGUUUGGCGGACCCAAAGGAAUUGGUAUGCAAUCCCAACUAA